AUCGUCUAUCGCUGUCUACCUAUCGCUCCUAUCCAGCUGUUUGACACAACGUGAAAAGCAAAAAAUUACAUAAAAAAUAUACGCCGGCAUUAAACAAGUUUUCAACCGAACUUUAAUGAAUAAGGAGUUCCCCCAAGCGUGUUCGGGAACAUCACAGCGCCAACCAAAGAAUGAGAGAUUCCCAAUACCUGGAUGUUAAGCUAAAACUUCGUGACACCGAGUCUAUUGUAUUGACGCCUGGCUACUUGAUUGGCUGCAUUCUCAACUCCCUGGAAAGCUUAUUUGGAGAAAUCGGAGGCAAGACAUCGCUGGAUAUUGUGAAAUUCAGUGCGGCAGAGCGACGACUUAUCUUGCGAGUGCCCCAAGAAUUCGUUGAGCGCGCGCGUAUUGCUGUUACCUUAAUAGGCCACUACCAGGAGGUGCCUUGUCACUUUCAGGUGCUAAACGCGUCAAAAAAUCAGCUGGACUUUGAUAGCAAGAACGACGAAAACGUCGUCAGACUUUAGUGAAAUUAUUCGCAGGGAGGCAUU